AUGGAACAUAGCAGUAGCUCAUUUAGACUUCAACGAACUAUGAAAGAGAGAGAUCGAAGAAUGCACAUGAGAGAUCUCCUUGCCACUCUAGCUUCGGUUGUUCGUCCCCAAGCAACUUCCAAGUGCAUGCAUGUUUUGUUACAGCUGACAGUUCCACAACUCUUGGAUCAAGCCGCCAUUCAUGUGAGGCAGAUGCAUGCGAGAAUAGAGGAACUGAAGCUAAGAAAGGAACAAGCCAAAGGAUAUGGGAAUUUUUCCAGAGAUUCUCACAGGACAGGCAACUCAAGUAAACUACCUGUACUAGAUAUAAGAAGUAGUGAUUAUACUGUGGAAGUGAACUUGAUAUGUGGAUUGAACGAGAACUUCAUGUUACAUGAAGUUAUCCAUGUUCUUCAAGAAGAAGGAGCUGAAGUAAUGAGCUUUUCAAGCCAUCAAGCCGGUGCACGUAUCAUGUAUAUAAUUAAGACCCAGGCUCUCGGUGUUAGAAUUGGAAUAAACACAUUGAGAAUUCAUGAGAGAUUAAAGGAAUUGCUAUACACCGACUUUUUCGGGUUUGCCUCAACUUUGAGUUCAUAUACAGAUACACAGAAAGGCAAGGGAUCAGAAGGAACUUAUCAGAAUUGGUGGCCUGAAUAUAGCAAUCGGGGACCUGAAGGAACUUAUCGGAACUAG